CCAACCUGCGGGCGGGAGGUGGGUGGCUGUGGGGCAAUUGAAAAAGAGCCGGCGAGGAGUUCCCCAAAACUUGUUGGAACUCCGGGCUCGCGCAGAGGGCGUUCGCAGAGCGGUGGCUGCCUGGGCAUGGGAGCGCGGGCUGGACAGUGAACCCUCUCCCCUUCGGGCUGCAAGCACGCCGGGCAGAGGCCAGGACAGGAGCCGGCAGCGGCGAGAACCGCGGACUUCCGAAGCGACAGGAGCAGCCCCGGGAGCCAGCGCGACCGCCUGACGGCGCGAUCGCCAGUCCCAGGUGGCCCGGACCGCACGCCGCGUCCGCGCUGCCCCCGAAGCACCGGAGACGCUCCGUGCGCUGCGCGAGCGCCGCAGCCCGGUCGCUCUACCCCUCGAGGGACAAACUUUUCCCAAACCCGAUUCCAGCCCUCGGACCAAACUUGUCGCGCGUCGUCGUCGUCCGCAGCCGUCCUCGGAGAGCGUGCACUUCUCUGGCGAGAUGUCCGAGCGCAAAGAAGGCAGAGGCAAGGGGAAGGGCAAGAAGAAGGAGCGAGGCUCCGGGAAGAAGCCCGCGCCCGCGGCGGGCGGCUCGAGCCCAGCCUUGCCUCUUCGAUUGAAAGAGAUGAAAAGCCAGGAAUCGGUGGCAGGCUCCAAACUAGUGCUUCGGUGUGAGACCAGUUCUGAAUAUUCUUCUCUCAGAUUCAAAUGGUUCAAGAAUGGGAGUGAAUUAAACCGAAAGAACAAACCACAACACAUCAAGAUACAAAAAAGGCCAGGGAAGUCAGAACUUCGCAUUAACAAAGCAUCACUGGCUGAUUCUGGGGAAUACAUGUGCCAAGUGAGCAGCAAAUUAGGAAAUGACAGUGCCUCUGCCAAUAUCACCAUUGUGGAGUCAAAUGAGGUCAACACUGGCAUGCCAAACUCAACUGCAAGAGCAUAUGUGUCUCCAGAGUCUCCCAUUAGAAUAUCAGUAACAACCGAAGGAGCAAAUACUUCUUCCUCUACAUCUACAUCUACCACCGGAACAAGCCAUCUUGUAAAAUGUGCAGAGAAGGAGAAAACUUUCUGUGUGAAUGGAGGCGAGUGCUUCAUGGUGAAAGACCUUUCAAACCCCUCAAGAUACUUGUGCAAGUGCCCAAAUGAGUUUACUGGUGAUCGUUGCCAAAACUACGUAAUGGCCAGCUUCUACAAGCAUCUUGGGAUUGAAUUUAUGGAAGCAGAGGAGCUCUACCAGAAGAGGGUGCUGACCAUCACUGGCAUCUGCAUCGCCCUGCUAGUGGUCGGCAUCAUGUGUGUGGUGGCCUACUGCAAAACCAAGAAACAGCGGAAAAAGCUUCACGACCGGCUUCGGCAGAGUCUUCGGUCCGAGCGCAACAACAUGGUCAACAUCGCCAACGGGCCUCACCACCCCAACCCACCCCCCGAGAACGUGCAGCUGGUGAAUCAAUACGUAUCUAAAAAUGUCAUCUCUAGUGAGCAUAUUGUUGAAAGAGAAGUGGAGACAUCUUUUUCCACCAGUCACUAUACCUCGACAACUCAUCAUUCCACUACUGUCACCCAGACUCCGAGUCACAGCUGGAGCAACGGACACACCGAAAGCAUCAUUUCUGAAAGCCACUCUGUAAUCAUGAUGUCAUCAGUAGAAAACAGUAGGCACAGCAGCCCAACUGGGGGCCCAAGAGGACGUCUUAAUGGCAUGGGAGGCCCUCGUGAAUGUAACAGCUUCCUCAGGCAUGCCAGAGAAACCCCUGACUCCUACCGAGACUCUCCUCAUAGCGAAAGGUAUGUGUCAGCCAUGACCACCCCGGCUCGUAUGUCACCUGUAGAUUUCCACACGCCAAGCUCCCCCAAAUCGCCCCCUUCGGAAAUGUCUGCACCUGUGUCCAGCACGACGGUGUCCAUGCCCUCUAUGGCAGUCAGCCCCUUUGUGGAAGAAGAGAGACCUCUGCUUCUGGUGACACCACCACGGCUGCGGGAGAAGUAUGACCACCACCCUCAGCAAUUCAACUCCUUCCACCACAACCCCGCGCAUGAGAGCAGCAGCCUGCCCCCUAGUCCCUUGAGGAUAGUGGAGGAUGAGGAAUAUGAAACGACCCAGGAGUAUGAGCCAGCUCAAGAGCCUGUUAAGAAACUCACCAACAGCCGGCGGGCCAAAAGAACCAAGCCCAAUGGCCACAUUGCCAACAGGUUGGAAAUGGACAGCAACACAAGCGCUGAGAGCAGUAACUCAGAGAGCGAAACAGAAGAUGAAAGAGUAGGUGAAGCCACCCCUUUUCUGGGCAUACAGAACCCCCUGGCAGCCAGUCUCGAGGCAGCACCUGCCUUCCGCCUGGCCGAGAGCAGGACUAACCCAGCAGGCCGCUUCUCGACACAGGAGGAUCUGCAGGCCAGGCUGUCUAGUGUAAUUGCUAACCAAGACCCUAUCGCUGUAUAAAAAUCUAAAUAAACACAUAGAUACACCUGUAAAACUUUAUUUUAUAUAAUAAAGUAUUCCACCUUAAAUUAAACAAUUUAUUUUAUUUUAGCAGUUCUGCAAAUAGAAAACAGGAAAAAAAAAACUUUUAUAAAUUAAAUAUAUGUAUGUAAAAAUGUGUUAUGUGCCAUAUGUAGCAAUUUUUUACAGUAUUUCCAAAUGAGAAAGAUAUCAAUGGUGCCUUUAUGUUAUGUUAUGUCGAGAGCAAGUUUUGUACCGUUACCGUGAUUGCUUUUCCACAGUAUUUCAGCAAAACCUCCCAUAUAUUCUGUUUUCGCUGGCUUCUUGUGCAUUGCAUUAUGAUGUUGACUGGAUGUAUGAUUUGCAAGACUUGCAACUGUUCCUCCGUUUGCUUAAAGUAGCACCCAAUCAGUACGUCUUGUAAUGACACAUCCAUCCAAAUACUCGUCUCUUCUGUACGAAGUUUUCUUUUGCUUUCAGUCUAUGAAAUGAGUCGUGUCUACUCUGCCAGCCAAAGGUUUGCUUCACUGGGCUCUGAGAUAAUAGUAGAUCCAACAGCAUGCUACUAUUAAUUACAGCAGGAAACUGCAUUAAGUAAUGUUAAAUAUUAGGAAGAAAGUAAUAUUGUGAUUUUUAAAAUAACUAUAUUAUUCAUCAGAAGACAGCUUGCUCUCACUUAGAGGAGCUAUCACUUAUUUUAUUUCAAUUUAUUUUUCUUGACAAAAAAGCAACAGUUUGGAGGGUAGCAGAGAAAAUGGGUUCUGGCUUGCUAUUAGGGUAAGACCAACACCUUAUCAGAGGACUCAAUGUCACUUUCUCUCUGGGGGAAUGACACAACGGCACAUCUAUUUGAAGAUCAAACCAGGGCUGGACAAGGUGCAAUCAUUCCUGACUUGCAUUUUUCACUGAUUUUGGAGCUAGUGAUUGGUUCUGUCUUCUUGACUUGAAAGAGACAUGCUAUGGCACAAACACCCCAGCUCCAACAGCACACUCAGCACUUGUCUGAAAUGCCUAGAGGGAAACGUGCCUGCUGUGCCUAGUGGUGACUGGUCAUCAUAGGGAAAUAGAGUGUCCAGAAGGAGGGAUUGAUAGAAGACACAGGUGGAGGGCUGAUGUGUGGCAUGGGUUGCAAUUUUAAACAAUUUUGUUGACCACUCCUUUCUCCUCAUUAGUUUCCUCUUGCUUUUCAAUGUCGCCUUGAUUAGGUCAUGACUAUGCAUGAACAGUUUUGUCAGGAAUGGCCAACAUGCAUGUGAUUUGUGACUAGUAAGAACAUUCUGAGAGUGAUGCUUCAUCAGGCAACGUCAAUAGUGUUGGAAAGAUUGCACCUUUCCCUGCAGAAACACGACCCCCUCCUGUGUACUGACCUCUUGAUUCCCAGCCUGUAUCACCCAUUUCCUCCUUUGUUUUUGCUUUACUCUCGCAAAACAGGACUAAGAUGGGUCUAAACUUUGCAUGUUCUCUUGGGAUUGUAAAUCCAAGGAGGGCCUAUAGGUAUUAACAUUCGAAAGAACUGCUAAUUCAGGAAAACAAUAGCUUUUUGUAAAAAUUGCAGGCCCCUGUUUUACCUGAUACCUGCCGAAUCUGGCUAGAGCUUUACUGAGGUUCCAAUUAGACUCCUGGGAGCCAUGUGAGAAAAUGGGGAACAGGUUAGCAAGGGGUCCAAAGUACCAGGCAUGAAGUCAAUGAGAGUAACUGCUGCUUGUUGGCAGGUGAACUGAACCUAUUUCUUCACCAAAUUUCUAUGUUAAAGGUAAAGGGGAGAAGACACAUGCAGGUAGGUCUUAGAAGAAAAAUGCAGGCUGGGCAUGAGUCAUGUCAUUGAGCUCCUACAUGUUUCUACAAUCCACAGAGAUGCCUGAUUGGUUGCAGGUCUUUAAAGUUACUCUGAGUAUUUGAUAUCCCAGGCUGCCCUUCACUGUUCACAUACUACUUCCUCUGUGCCCAGCAGUGCCCUCAUCAGCUUGUUAAUCCACACGGAGGGGCCCCUGUCAGGCUGCACAAGUUGCACUGAUUUCCCAGGUCUGUAGACAUGAGUAAGCUCACGGCAGGAGGAAGAAGACAGUCAACCCAAAGAGGUUCUAUAAGUUAUUCUAAUAUUGCCUUUGAGUCAGUCUUGGACUAUUUCAAUAAAAAAUUCCUAUCACAAAUUAAAACUACAACUUUUGCUUCUAAUUCUACAGACUUAGGAGUAUUCACAUGUCUCAUUCUGAAUAAUUUCAAGAAGAAAUAAAAUCUAUCAAGAGCAAUGAACAACAUGAAAAUUGUUGUAAAUUUUCAGGUUACAAAAUAUAUAUGAAAACCUAGGAUAAGAGGAAAGUUUCUUUCCAAUUUGAUUCUAGUCACUCACAGAGGGGGGGGGGGGGGCGUUAUUCGGGACAGCAUUACCUGUAAAGCCAGAGCUUCCCUUGAUAAGAAAGGCCAGCUGACUCCUCAGGGCUACCUGCUGCGGCCACCGGAUUUGUGUUCACAGGGACAUCUCUAUGAUGUUUAACUGCCACGUGGCUCUCAACCACCCACCCUGUUUAUAAACUCAGGCAGUGCUGUGGCCAUUCAAAGGAGGGUGAACCUGUGUUCCCAGCAAAUGAAAAGCUUCUGUGGGUUUUUGGGUAAAUGCCCAGAAGUUCCACAGCCACUCUGCCCCCUGGAAAUCAUAUCCGAAUGAGGGGUAUGCAGUGGAACAUAGUAUAUGCAAACUUCUUUUUCUCACUCGAGAUUCCUUUACUAUCCUACUCUCCCUUCUUGCCUGGUAUGACUUUUUUCCAAGAGUACCUGGACAGCCUCAUGCUUUCUACAAACUAACACUCUACCAGGGUGUAUGUGAAUGUGUUUCAGACACCAACAUGCUGUAGCUUCCUUGUUUAAGUGUGACUGUCUUGAUACAGGUGGAGUUUAUCCAGGGUAACUUGCUCAGUAAUUAUUCCUAUUUUUUUCUGCCCUGGAGUUAAAAGGGGCACAGCUCACAUUGGUGAAAAUAAGGAAGGCUAGUUUUAUUAUUUAGCACUGGCUGCAUUCCACCAGCCACAGAGAUGAGAUUUCUAUCUACAAAGGCCCAUGAAACACUGCAGAGAAAUGCAGGCAAAGGGAAAUGGCCACAUUUCACAAGUUCUAUUAUAUAUUCUUUUGUAAAUACACCAUGUACAUUACUUAGAUGUUUUCCUAAAUCAUUUACUGUCUUUAUGAGUUAAUGUCAGAAUUUUACUCUCUCAACUUACUGUAUAACAUUGUAAAUAACAUAAUGUCCUUUAUUAUUUAUAUUUAAGCAUCUAACAUAGAGUUGUUUUCAUAUAAGUUUAAGGUAAAUGUCAAAAAAUAUAUGUUUUUUGUUUUUCUUCACUUUAAAAUUAUGUAUCUUUUUCUUUUUUUAAAGAAUAAUUUAUUGUUCAGGAGAAAGAAUGUAUAUGUAAUUGAAACUAUUUGAAGAAUGCACAUUUGAAAGCCGUGGGGGUACUGAUAAACUAAAGAAUUCCUUAUCCAAAAUACUAAGCAAUAAGUAAUUGUGAUUUAUUUAAAGUUUUGUUCAUUUUUCCAUGAACGAAAUACUGCAAUAAAAACGCCACUCUGUGGAGACCUGGGAGUGUUGCUCA